GCUUUAUGCUUAUGUAUGAUAAUUUUUCAUCACACUGUUCGCGUUCGGACGGAUUGCUCGUUUUGUUCGUAGAAAAUACGAUAAAAAAUAAUCAAAAGUAGCGUGAUAGGCAAUUCAAAAUGCUUUCCGGGGUUAAUCGAGUAGUCCAGCUACACAAGAAACAACAGUACCGGAAACUAGUUAGCACCUGGUCCCCCCUGACCACGGCAUUCAACACUCGACCCGAAAAGCGGAUUAACUUCACCAAAAAUGAAGUGGGUCUCUUCAAUAUUCCGGAACUAACAUCGUUUGAAGGCUUUUAUGCCCUCAAAGAAAAGGCCAUAUUCAAGACGGAAGAUUUGAUAGAGGAAGCCACCUCAGCGGGACGGACGCGUAAAAUGGUCACUAUAUUCGAUGAACUGUCCGAUACGCUGUGCAAAGUGGCAGAUUUGUCGGAGUUUAUUCGUCUGGCGCAUCCGCAGGCAAACUAUAGCAACGCGGCGGAGACUGCAUGCAUCUCUAUCAGUGGAAUAGUAGAAAAGCUCAACACCCACAAGCCGCUGUACAAAGCGUUGAAACAGGUGGUUGAAGGAAGUGAUCUGGUCCGGACAACGGAUGUUGAUAAGCAUGUAGCAGAGCUGUUUCUUUUCGAUUUCGAACAAUGUGGUAUUCAUUUACAGGAAACAGCUCGGAAAAAGGUGGUCUACUUGAAUGAUUGUAUUUUACAGCUUGGGCAACGCUUUAUGGCCGGGGCUGUUCAUCCGCGGACUAUCAGAAAGAGCGUUCUCCCUGAGGCGAUAAGACCGUUUUUCUCGACCGAUGGAGAUAACAUUUUGGUAUCCGGAUUAUAUGCUGAUUCGUCCAACAAUAUGGCACGUGAGGCUGCUUACAGACUUUUUCUCUAUCCGGAUCAAGAACAGGAGAAGUUGCUUGCGGAGCUGUUGCAAGCACGUCAUGAGCUGGCCUCUGUUUGUGGCUUUCAAACCUAUGCUCACCGAGCAUUGAAGGCAAGCACAGUGGAAACCCCGGAAAUGGUGAAUGAGUUUCUGUGUACCUUGAACGACGAAUUGAGACCACGAGCGGAGCGGGAUUUUUCCCUGAUGCAGCGAAUGAAAAAUGCUGAAAGCAGUUUCGUAGCUCCACUAGCGACAUGGGAUACACCCUAUUUUACUUCAACGUUGAAGAAACGCUGUCUGCAAACAUCCGCUUCGGAGUUUUCACCUUACUUUAGUCUUGGAGCUUGCAUGGAAGGUCUCAAUCUGUUGAUGAAUAGUCUGUAUGGCAUUAGUUUGGAGGUGACAGAAAUGGAACCUGGUGAGAGCUGGUCUCACGAUAUAUAUAAACUGGCCGUGAAGCAUGAAUCCGAAGGCCUUCUAGGUUACAUCUAUUGCGAUCUAUUUGAGCGUCAAGGAAAGCCUAACCAAGACUGCCAUUUUACUAUCCAGGGAGGAAAGGUUAUGCCAGACGACAGUUACCAGAAUCCGAUUGUGGUAGUGAUGCUGAACCUUCCACAACCUCGUUGGUCUGGACCGACGUUACUGACGCCGUCUAUGGUGGACAACUUAUUCCAUGAAAUGGGACACGCAAUGCAUUCGAUGCUGGCACGAACCGAGUAUCAACAUGUAACCGGAACACGGUGCAGCACAGAUUUCGCUGAAGUACCAUCAGUUCUAAUGGAAUACUUUGCAAGCGAUCCACGAGUGCUGCGAACAUUUACUAAGCACUUUCAAACUCAGGAGCCCAUGCCGGAGGACAUGUUGCAGCGCUUGUGUGCAUCGAAGCAUCUCUUCUCUGCUAGCGAAACACAAUUGCAGGUGUUCUACUCUGCCUUGGAUCAGGUCUAUCACGGUGAUCCGAGCCAACAUCGCGAAAAUACUACCGAAACAUUACGGACAGUACAGGAACAAUUUUACGGUUUGCCGUACGUUGAAAACACUGCCUGGCAACUGCGAUUCAGCCAUCUUGUCGGCUACGGAGCAAAAUAUUACUCGUAUUUGAUCUCCCGGGCGAUAGCCUCUUGGAUUUGGCAGACCUACUUCGAGAAAGAUCCGCUUUGUCGAACACAGGGGGAAAAGUACCGUCGAGGGUGCCUGUCGUACGGUGGUGGCGUCCCGAGUCGGUUACUAGUUUCAAACUUCUUAGGUCGGGAAGUAACGCCGAGCAAUUUGACUAAGAGUUUAGUGACCGAGAUUGAUGGAUACAGUGAGCGGUUACAGGAAUUCGAGAAGGAUUAUUAAUGGGGAUAUGAAUGAUGAAAUAAAGAAAAAAACAUUGUGAUAGCAA